UGUUGCCGCGGGAGGGGGUAUGCUAGAGUGGCGCUGGCUCUCUGGGCGUGGCUUUCAUCCUGGGGGAAGGGUCUGUGGAGUGUGAGGGGAGGCGGAGGAGAUGGCGGCGACGGCGCGGGAAGAUGGCGUCUCCGGCAAAGAGCAAGUGCGGCGGGGCUGCGAGCAUUAUGACAGAGGAUGUCUCUUGAAGGCCCAGCAGACUUGUGAAGAAUGUAGCACAUUGUUUGGAGAAUAUUAUUGUAGUAUAUGCCAUCUGUUUGACAAAGACAAGAAGCAGUAUCAUUGUGAAAACUGUGGAAUUUGUAGGAUUGGUCCAAAGGAAGAUUUUUUCCACUGUUUGAAAUGUAACUUAUGCCUAGCUAUGAAUCUCCAAGGAAAACACAAGUGUAUUGAAAAUGUCUCCCGGCAGAAUUGUCCAAUAUGUCUGGAGGAUAUUCACACAUCUCGUGUUGUUGCUCAUGUCUUGCCGUGUGGACAUCUUUUACAUAGAACAUGUUAUGAAGAAAUGUUGAAAGAAGGCUACAGAUGUCCAUUAUGUAUGCACUCAGCUUUAGACAUGACUAGGUACUGGCGACAGCUGGAUGAUGAGGUAGCACAGACUCCUAUGCCAUCAGAAUAUCAGAACAUGACUGUGGAUAUUCUCUGCAAUGAUUGCAAUGGACGAUCCACAGUCCAGUUCCAUAUAUUAGGCAUGAAAUGUAAGAUUUGUGAAUCCUACAAUACUGCUCAAGCUGGAGGAUGUAGAAAUACACUAGAUCAGCAAUGACCAGCCUGUACUACACUGGAAAACUCAGCAUUUUCUGAUACAGAAAAAGGCUUUCCUAAGUAUCCUGUUGUCAUAAUGUGUCAGUCUAUGCAGUAGAGUUGGUGUGUUUUGUACUAGUGUCACAGCAUAAAAUCAUAUUACAAGUACUUAAGGAUUCAGGGUCUGUUUAUAGAAUUAUCAUAGCUCUGUAUUGUAUGAAAGCCACUGUGCUUGUGUUUUGAUUGGAAAUCCCUUUAUUAUCAGUUGUUUGGAAGCCAAUGAUGUUUGCCAUUGAAAUUCACAUUCAUAAAAGUAUGUUACACUUCUGUGGAACUUUGCUUUAAGUGACACUACGCACGCAGAGUUUAUUUCUAGUUCUUGAUAGAACUGUACUUAAUUCUCAGUAUUAUUCUUGACUUUUUAAGGGCUGUGCUAUAAUGAGAAUAGGUUCUAUCUUACUGUUAAAGUCUAAUUACAUAUGCUUUAGAAUUUCUAAAACAUUCCUGUAAAUGUGAAUUUUAAUGUAAUAACUGCUAAUAAAAUUAUAUUGAAACAACAUUUCAUAGAACAUUUUUUUUAAGGUUGUCUAUUUUUGGCUCCAUUAGGGCAAUAUAAUCAAUUAUAUAAUAUAAAAUAAAUCUUCUUUUCUUUCUCUUGCAGUAUUCUUCUAUAAGAGUAGUUGGGGAAAAUGUUUUGUAAAGUAGCAGAACUCUUCCAAGGCCUUAAUUGGUUUAUGGUAUUGUUCACAUUCAGUAUUUAAAGUUGUGUGUUAAAGUCCUGAAGUAUUAUUGUGGAGUUGUUUUGUUACUCCUUUAAGUUCUGUCAAUAUUUGCUUCACCUAUUUGGGGGCACUAAUGUUAGGUGCAUGUAUAUUUAUAUUACUGUAUCUUCUUGAUGUGUUGAGCCUUUUAUCAUUAUCCUUCUUUGUCUUUUAUAACAGGUUUUGACUUAAAAUCUAUUUUGUCUGGUAUCAAUAUGGCCACCCCUGCUCUCUUUUGGUUACUAUUUUAAUGGGUUAUUUUUUCCCAUUCUUUCAGUUUGCUUGUGUCCAACUCUUCCACGGCCUUCCUUAAGAAAAACAGCAACAUUGAAAAUAAUUUGGUUUAGGUUGCCCAGAAUUAUUUCGUCUGAGAGUAAUCUGUUCAUUCAUUCAGCAAGUAUUUAUUGAGCAACUACUAUGUACCAAAUAUUGUGAGACAGGAGUGAACAGUACAGACAAGUCCUUGCCCUCAUGGGGAUAUAUUCUAGUGUUCUCAUACCUGACCAGCUUAUACCUUGUUUUUCUUUUUGCAAGCAGUGAAUAUCUUUUUUGUAAAUGAAUAGAUUCUUUGUUCCCUAAAUGCAUGAAAGUAGGGAUGAAUGGAUGGGAGAGGCAUGGGACAAUCCUGGCAAGAUCUCUGAUUAUAUAAUACUUUUCUGGGCUCACAUAGUUGGUGGAAUUAUAUAUAUUUCAUAAUUCAGGAACUAAGUAUACAAACAUGAUCUGGCC